AGGCAGCCACACAGUGUUACCACGUUCGACCGGAGAUAUCUUAUCUGAUCGGAAAGAUGGCAAUCUUUAAUUUCUACUUCGCCAGCUGUGUGCUGCUGCUGACCUUGAGCUGGCGCACAUCCACAGGACUCCCGGUGUGCACCCUGAGCGAAGAUCAGUGCGAACACUGCUCGUCUCUCUUCAACAGCCUCCUGCUGAAUGUCAAAGAUCUCCUCAACAAAAACAACAGCGCUGUUUUGUGCUACGGCAUCUCCUCUGAUAGGGCAGUGGUGAAGAGUAAAGCUGACACAGUACUGGCCUGCGCACCCACUCAGAGCUCAGGUUGCAUGAUGCAAAGAAAUUCACCCUUCAGUGAGCUUGAAUGUCGGAGGAACAUCAUGAAGGACUUGGCCCACUAUGCUGCUGCUUUUGAGUCUUACAUCAACUCCUCACUCAGAUGUCCUGAGAAAGAAAUUCCACUUCUGAAGCCAACUCUGGGAAUUAUCCAGAGCCUGAGAAAGGACUGCUGCCUGAUGCCAAAUGGAGAGAGAGAUUCCUCAGAGGAGGACGUUGCCCAGAUGUGGGGAAAUGACACCUUCAAUAACAGGCAGGAGAUGUGUAAGAUGAUGAGAGGCUUCUACGUCCGAGUCAUCACCAUCAACAGAGCCAUGGGCUACAUCUCCUCAGGAGAGCACAGGAUGUAAACAGCCUGCAGCCUCAUCAUCAUCAUCAUCAUCAUCAUCAUCAUCAUCAUCGCCAUCAUUCCAAUUAAUACCACAAUAUCUUUACUUCUUUAAUUUAUUACAACUGAAUAAGCCUUCAUGAUCAUUCACUACCACCAUUUACAACUACUGUCCAAGUAUUGCUUUACACUGCACAUGCUGCAUAACUGUCUGCAUGACUACUGCUUAGGCAUAAGCUAGCCUCUUCACUAAGAGCGGAACGACAACUAUUGCUAAGGUCAUGUUGGCCCUUCUAAAUGUAUGACUGUAUUACAGUAUUUGGGGGAAUGUAUCUAUUUAUUUAAGAUCUAUUUAUUGAAGAUCUAUUUAUUGAAGACGUAUUUAUUGAAGAUCUAUUUAUUACAUCUAUUUAUUUAUUUAUUUGAUGCCCUGUGGUGUUAUUUAUUGUUAUUUAUAAUAAAGUAAUUUUUGCAAUCAA